AAAAAAAAAAAAAAAAAAAAAAACCCACAAAAUCAGCAUCCUUGUCCAGUUUUCCCCAAGCCCGCUAAACGCUAAACGACCCACUAACCGCCGCCAUCCGUCCUAGCCUCAAGCCGCCGAAUGCACUGACCCGCUUCAAAGCCCUCAAUUGGCCGCACUGGCAAAACUUGCCUAUUCCGGGAACUCAGGGGAGGGUGUAACUUACGCAGUCCUCCGUACGGAGGCUAUCAAAAGAGUUGCGCCGCUCAGAUUCAAUUUUUACAGCUAAGAAGCGCCACCAUGUUUUAACGAGUAAGUACAUUUAGCUUCAAAUCACCCCACAUUCUAUUUAUAUGAGAUUGCCACGUAUUCUGAAUUGAUUCCUCUUUUUUCUCAAAUAUCUCAUCUCUAAUAUCUCAUCUGCCAAUUUCAUAUGGCACCAAAUACCGAUAUCGCCACAAGAGCUCUUGUGGUGGCUCUUAAAUCACCCUAUUUUGGCAAGUCAAAUGCUGAAAUCACGGAAAUCACCCAGAUCUCAAAGAGUCAAAUCAACCGUAUAUAUAAACGUGCAAUUGAACGCGGAUUCAAUCCUGAACUGCUUCAUAUUAUACUUCGCGAUGAAUGGCUUCGAGAUGCCCCCAAAUCUGGCCGACCAACUCUGGGAAAUGAUAGUAUUAAGGAUGCUAUAUUUGCAAAGUAAUGAAGGAAUUGAGAUAUCUUUGACUAUAUGAAGGAUUCUUCGCAAAGCAGGCCUGCGAAAAACAAAGCCUACAUAGAAGCCAGGUCAAAAAUCAAUAUGGAAGUUCGAAAAGGCCAUAGGCAAGCUAUCUUGUGGCAAAGAUGGUGGUGGAAUUGAUUGGUAUCACUAUCAAGUUCAAAUUCUCUUACUGAAGCUAUUCCCCUUUGCAAAAGAGUGUCAAAUUGAAUGUCCAAAUACUAUUGUGCAAGAGGAUAAGGCCCCUUCACACAAUCACUAUAUUCAAUAUCAUACGUAUGAUAUUCAUGGGAUUCAACAGCUGCUUUGAUGUGGGAAUUCGCCUGAUCUCAAUGCGAUUGAGGCAGCUUGGCCUUGGAUGAAGCACAGAACAACAAAAAAAGGAGCUCCUAAGAACCGCAUGGAAGCAGUUAGAGUAUGGGAGCAGGCAUGGAAGGAUCUGUCACAAGAGAAGAUACAGGCAUGGAUUGAGCGGAUUCCUGUACAUAUUGAAAAGAUUAUAGAGUUAGAAGGUGGCAAUGAGUAUAGAGAAGGAAGGCGGCACGGGCACGGCCAGGUGGAGGAAUAGAAUACUCAUCUGGCUCCUCGGGGUGGGCAGAUUGGCACGCAGAUUGGCUGGUAGAUUGGCAUGUAGAUUACAUGUUAAAAAGAGUGGUAGAUUCCAUGUUGAAUGGUAGUGGAGACAAGGAAUAAUCAAGAGCUGAAUAUUCAGUAUAAAAUACAGUGUGAAUUGCCGCCAAGAUUUGUGGUGCUGUCUAGCUGUCUUUUUGCCGGCGCAAUUCUUUUGAUAGCGCCCUCCGUAGUUACAGUACGGGAUGAAAAAUGAGAUCCACAGUUUGGGCUUGGGUCGCAAAGUUAUUGAAGAGAAAGAACGACGCUAGGUGUGGAGAAGAGUGGCGCACGCUAGUUAUCUUGCUGGUACCGAUAUGAUAUUAUUGUGUGGUUAACUAUUCUCUACUACUACUGCGUAACUACUGUACUCCGUACUGGAGGGUGUCGUCGGGUCGUGGGUUACGCUGUGAGCCUGUGCAGUCGAUAUGAGAUAUAUAUAUAUACGCAUAGUAUACUUCGUAUGCUAGGUAGUGUACGCCGUACGGAGUAGGGCCAGGCAGGGGGGGACAAGAUCGAAUUUCCAAUCAAUGGAAUCUCCAGAGAAAGAAAAUGCGAAGCAUGCACGUCGACCAGAUGGGGACAGAGAUGAGAUGGGACGGCAGAGUGCAAGUUCCUGUGUAUGUAAAGAAUGAUAGGAGGGCGUUUGGAUUGUAUAAAAUGAUUGCUUAAAUCCAACCCUCUCUCCUAAUGAGGAUAUCUACCUCACAUUCCUCAUACGCAUCCAUCAGCUUCUCCUUACCCCCUCGCGGCCACCUUUCUUCAUGUCAGAAAGCAAAACUGGCAGCGACGGAUUCUUGUCAAGGAAAUAUGCGGUUCCAGUCGACGAUAUAUAGAGUGUUCCAUUGUUCGAUUGAAUAACGCCCGACCUCCAUCCACCUAGACACAGAGGAACAGAGCUUCAUACAUCAAGUUUGAAAACACUGCAUGCUGCCUAUCUAACCCCUUUUCUCCCUCGCUGAUGGAUGCCCUGUAUCUUCUUCAUAGACAGGAAAGAGAAGAACCAAACAAUCAAAAGAAUCCUCUCAACUAUCCCCUCUGGCCUCCCGAACCUAUUCAAAAGUCC